AUGGCUAAGCCACCUUCAUCGGUGGGUUUUCGAGCAGUCCGUUGCUGGAAGAUCCUACCGACCUCAGUGAUGCAUCCGCAUAAUAACUCAAGCUUCGACCCUGCGCAUAUAACACGCACACAACAGGAACGCUAUGCUCGUGCAUUCCAACCUACUCCAAAGGCGCAGGAUCCAGCAAAUGAAAGUGAUGACAAUGAACAACUCGACGACACAGUCGAACGAACAAUGUCCCGCCGGGAACAACCCUCUGGAUAUCUUGACCUCGACGCUCUAGACCAAACUACCAUGGACAAGCAUUUACCAGAGUCCAAUAUAGGAUAUCGGUUAAUGCUCAAAAUGGGCUGGACGAAAGGAAAGGGACUUGGAAGGGAAGGCGACGGACGGGUGGAUCCCGUACGCAUCAUUGUAAAGGAAGAUACUCUUGGAGUUGGAAAAGGCGAGGAACUCGAUACUUACCAUUCCGAGAGCACAUCAAAACGGAAAAUGCUGGAAAGUGAGAAAAUCGCAGAGGAAACUCUGGAGGAAAAGACAGCGCGAGAGGUACGGGAAGCUUCUAUACUUUAA